UUGAGACGUCACUGGAGUCUGGACCAGGAGCAGGGGGAGGAGUCACCAUAAAUCCCAGAGCUGGCUGGCUGGGGGUCCCACUGUCACCUGGAGGAGCUACCUCAAGGAGCCACCUCGUCCACAGCUUUCCCUCCCCCUGUCAUGGCCGGCUGCAGGCUAGGCCUUCUGCUACUGCUGCUGCUGACUGCCCACCCUAGACGCUCGAAGGCUCAGCACUGGUCCCAGGGCUGGUACCCCAGAGGAAAGCGGGCUUCCAGCUCAGCCCAGCACCCACAGCAUGUCCCAAGGUUCCCAGGAAGGGUCCUGGGCACUGCAGCAAGCAGACCAGACAAGGCUGCUCAUAACCUCCCAAGCGAUGCCCUGGCUCCCCAGAACAGUGUGCCCUGGGAGGCCAGAACCACUGGCUGGUGGUCCCUCUACAGGAAGCAGCGCCUGGUGCAGACACUGCUGGUAAGUACAGAGAGAGGCCCAGGCAUUGGCCACCAGGGGCCAUUAUGGCCAAGGACCUGGGCUAUGUGGACAGAAGAGGGGGUAAUGAGAAAACACAGAGACGCUCCCUGCCAAAGCACCCUCAGGCACACAGGCAGAUGCCAUCUGCUAUUCUUCCUAUUUCCCAGAAUUCUUGGAACAAUUUAUGAUAAGAUACUUAUGUUAAAGUAAAAGAUUAGAAGUCAUUAGUGGAGUAGGAGGAGACAAUUGUGCUUAAAACCUCCAUAAGUAAGACCAUAGCUGUAGUGGGAUCCUCUAGGCUUCUUUCUCAUCAUCAGGAGAACCCAGUGUGUCUCCCAGUGGGAAGAGAUGAGGAGUGUGAACUCACACUAACAGAAGGGGCCCCAGAACCAGGUGGUCACUGCACUAGCAAUGACUUGGUGAUUGCAGAAGACCGAGUGCAGAGAUGGAUUACUACUAUUUUGCAAAUUUAUUUUAAAGUGCACCAGGAGGGCGCUAACUGAAGGAGAAAGUGGUUAAAUUCCCAUAAGGCAAAAACUUAUCACCGAGUUUAAGUCGGUGUGAGCUCAGGCUUUUACAUACCAGGUUAAGGGUGGGCAACACCCAAGGAGCUACAGAGCGCCCACGCUGGGUCCUCUAGCAGCCGAGGCGCGUCCGCCAGAAGGCCACGUCCAGCUCCGCGGGGACAGGUCUGGAGGAGAGGGGGCGGGCAAGGUCGCAGCUGGGCUGCCAGGGCAUCUGCUAAAAUGCCCGCUUCCUCCCCGCGCAGACCGAACCUAGAGCGCCGCGCCCUGCAGC